UAGAUAAGAAUGAAUGUGAUACUGGUGUGAACAAUUGUUUACAAAGUCAGAACUGUAUCAACACUAUAGGAUCAUUUCAGUGUGUUUGCAAAGAAGGAUACAAAGACUCCAAUUGUAUUGAUAUCAAUGAGUGUUCGAAGGACAAGGGUGGAUGUAGUCACACUUGUGAAAAUACUGUUCCUUUUUAUAACUGCAAAUGUAAUAAUGGUUAUGUUCUGUUCACUGAAAAUGGGACGAUGAAUCGCUUCAUUGCUGAUGGAGAAACUGGACUUAGACAGGGAGAUGUGUAUCACAUUAACCAUACGUGUGUUCCUGUUACCUGUCAGAGACCUAACGAUGUUGCUAAUGGUGUCAUUCACAGCAACAGAUCAGUAUUUUAUUUUGGGGAGACAAUCGACUUCAGCUGUUCAUUAGGCUGGAAACUGAAUGGAACAAGCAGUCUAACCUGUGCUGCUGAUAGAAAUUGGAAUAGUUCUCAACCUGUUUGUGAAGCCAUAUCAUGUCCCAAGUUUGUGAAGACAGGAAAAGAUGUCCAGAAAGUAGAAUACAGAGAAUAG